AUGGAACCAGAAAACGUGCAAAUAGAAGAAAAGAAAGGCAGAACUUACGUGCAAUGGAUGGUCGCCUUUGCAGCUAACACUACACUCCUUACAAAUGGCAUGCUGGGAGGCUGGGUAGCACCUAUGAUGAAAACGUUACAAUCGCCGGAAUCUCCCGCAGGCCAGCCAUUGACGGAUAGAGAAAUAUCAUUAGUAGCAAGCUUCAUAUCUAUAGCAGCAUGCCUUGGAGUACCAAUGUUUGCGUACUUAGUUGAUAUUAUUGGUAGAAAAAAGAGUAUAUUGAUCAUAGCAAUCUUACAAGCGCUUUGUUGGAUAAUCAACAUAUAUUCGUCAACUACAACUAGUUUAUUAGUAGGGAGAUUUUUUGCUGGACUCUCAGCCGGAGGUUGCUACAAUGUAAUCCCUACAUAUGUUAGAGAAAUAAGUCAAGACAAUAUAAGAGGUAUACUAGGAUCGCUCUUGGUGUUGAUGCAAAACAUGGGGUAUUUAAUAAUGUUCGCUUUAGGAUUCUAUUUAAAUUACUAUGUGGUGCUGUGGAUUUCUGUUUGGAUACCAAUCAUAACAACAGUGACAAUGUUAUUUGCACCCGAAGCGCCAGCUUUUUUAGUCAAGAAAGGAUUGACUGAUCAAGCUGCUUCAACACUGUCCAACUUGCGAGGAAUUGAUAUUAAGGAUAAAAUUAUACAAAAAGAAAUCGACUUUAUGAAAAAUGAAGAGACUGUUUACAAAUCAAUACCGAAGAUAACAUACCUAAAUAUUUGGCAGAAUAAAGCAUGGCGUCGUGGUUGCUUUUUGAAUAUAGCAUUAAUGACAACACGCACUCUCAGUGGCACUUUUGCGCUCCUGACGUUUACGCCUGCAAUCUUGGCGGCUUCCGGAAUCACUGUUAAUCCUGAAGCGCAAUCACUUAGCAUUCCGGCAGUAACAAUCCUUGCAUCCUUCGUCUCUAUGAGUUGUGUGGAAAAAUUCGGCCGAAAGCCUAUUUUGUUAUCGACAUUCAUAAUAGCCACUCUAUCACUUUCCACUUUGGCUACAACGAUGCUUCUACAAACAUACGGAAAGUCAUCUCCUGUCUGGAUUCCGGUUGUAGCGAUUAUCAUGUACCAGUGCGCGUACGCUGGUGGAAUUUCGCCAAUGCCGUAUAUUAUAAUGGCUGAAAUGUUUAAUUUUCAAAUUCGCGCUAAAGUGAUGGGCAUCUUCUGUACAUACGCCUAUUUUCUCUGCUUCCUUCAGUUGGUAGCUUUCACAUCUAUCUCCAAGGUUCUGGGGGCCCACAAUGUGUUUUACUGUUAUGCUUUAAUCAACAUUUUGGGAGCUUCUGUUUGUGCUUUCUUACUUAAGGAGACAAAAGGAAAAACGGUUGAUGACAUCGAAAUGGAUUUGAUUGGAAGAAAAGAGUUGUUAAAAAUAAAUGUGAUUAGUUAA